AUGCCGUCGUUCAAGACCUCGGACGGGUCGCCGUUCCCCAUCCUGGGCGAGCGCCUCGUCGUCGGCCACUGCGACGUCUCCGGCGCGGGCGUUCGCGCGUGCCUCGGGCUGAAGCCGGGCGACUUCGACCGCGAGGGCGCGUGGUCGCGCGUCGCGGUCGAGCUGACCGGCGUGCCCCCGCGAAGACGCGCGAUCGCGGGCGAGGGCGUGGGCGAGAGCGACGACGGCGGCGGCGAGGACGACGACGACGACGACGACGACGCGCCGCGCGGCGUCGUCUUCACGCCCGGCGGCGCGCGCGUCGCGGACGCCGCCGACGCGGACGCCGCCGACGCCGCGUCCGCGGCGCCGAUGACGCUCACGACGUUCGACGACGGCGUCGCGUCCGUGCUCGCGGUGAACGAGAUCGUUCGCCCCGGCGAAGAGGCCGCGUUCGCGGCGGCGGUGCACGACCUCCUUACGGACGACGCCACGAGAGGGAACUGCGAGGGCGUCGUCGUCGUCGCCGCGCUGCGGAUGAACGCGCCGAAGGAGGGGCGGAUCUUUCAGAACGUCGUCAACGGCGCGGCGCCGUUGUUGAUCGACUUUCAACCCGCGGAGCUGCCGCCGGAGACGAAGAUCAACGACCCCGUCGUCGCGGCGUUAGCGCACGCGAUGACCGCGGGCGGGCACGAGAUGCACUUGAUAACGACGCACGGGUACAGAGUCGCGAAGUUGGGGACGAAGGACGAGAAGGAAGCGAGCGAGUGCGCGAAUCGCGUCGGCGGCGCCGUCGCCGCGGCGCUCGAGUGCCGGUUUCGAAAAACGGGGUUGGAGGCGACGCGCGCGUGGACGUCGGACGCGGCCGCGCCAAAGGAAAAGACGGAUCACAUGUACACGUAG